AUGCUCGUUCAUAAAUUAUUGGUCGACCUGGCUCCUCCCUUUGUGACAGCUAAGAGCUGGUCAAUCAUGGACGGACGCACGGGAGAGAUAUUAUUUGGAAAGUGCGAAAACGAUAGGCGUGAGAUAGCCUCACUAACAAAGAUAAUGACUGCAUUCGUGGUAGUUCAAAUUAUUAGAAAAAUCAAACUGAAUUCUAAGAAAACAAUGUUGCAAGUCUCUAAGAAUGCUGCAACUAUUGGAGGGACAUCUGCCAAACUAAAGUCCGGUGAUGUCUUAUCCGUUUGGGACCUCCUGCACGGACUUAUGCUUCCAAGUGGCAAUGAUGCAGCUAUUUGCCUUUCAGAGCACUUCGGACAGUACUUGUUCGAAGUCGCAACCAGAUAUAAGAACAAUAAAUAACAAUAACAGCAAAAUUAAUAAUAACAGCCCAAUGCUAACAAUAAUGCAUAGGCUAAUCCCGACCAAAAUGCCCAACAAGAUAAUCAAAGAAGAAUGGCAUCGGACCAGCCAAUAAAAUACUUUGUCCAAGAGAUGAACAGAUAUGCUAGAGCUCUGGGCUUAGAGUCCACUAACUACGCAAAUCCUCAUGGACUGUCUCAUAAAAACAACAAAUCAACAGCCUACGACAUUGGUAAGCUGGCAUGUAUCGCAAUGCAAGACCCAAUAAUGAGGGAAAUCGUUAAUAAACAGACCUAUGAAUGCAAGGGUCGUGACAUCUACGAUGAGGAAAGAGACUUUGAAUGGACAAACACUAAUAAACUCCUGGGAAAGGGCUUUAAUGGGCUCAAAACUGGAGUAACACCGGCAGCAGGACCCUGUUUGGCAGCAUCUUUUGAAAAGGAUAGUUUGCACCUCGUUGUUGUGGUUAUGAAUACCAAAACUAUGGACAAUAGAUGGGUUGAAGUGCCUAAGCUAACACUGUGGGCAAUUAACCGUUUGAACAAACUCUGCGAGUAUUUCGCAGAAAACUAACUACCGAAUGGCACACUUAAGUAAAAUGGAGAGGAGGACUAGAACAAUAAAAAUCAGAAGAAAAUCCAAUAGUGA